GUCAGUUUCAGGCCAUCCACGCAGGAAAGGAUUGCCAGCCAGAGAAAGACGACAUCUGAAGUCCCAAUGCACAGAUCAGCCCCCAGCCAAGCCACCAAGAGGAGUCGAUCGCCAUUUUCCACCACUCGUCGUAGUUGGGAUGAUAGUGAGAGCUCCGGAACCAGCCUGAAUGUUGAUAAUGAGGACUAUUCCAGGUAUCCACCAAGAGAGUACAGGGCUUCGGGGAGCAGAAGAGGAAUGACUUAUGGACAUAUUGACUUUUAUGGGGCAGAUGAUAGUGAGGAGGAGGGGGCUGGGCCUGUAGAGCGACUGCCGGUGAGAGGGAAAACUGGCAAGUUUAAGGAUGAUAAGCUGUAUGACCAAGAGAAAGGGGUGAGGUCUUUGGCUGGGGCAUCUCCACAGUUCUCUAGUUUUAACAGUGAUGGGAGAGAGGAGCUUGACAAUGUAGAGCCAGCCCCUGCAGCAAGGUGCUCUGCCAGCAGAGCUGAGUUCCUGCAGCAAAACAGUGUGGCCUCUCAGACAUCUUCGGUUGAAGGCAAGGUGGCUAUACAUGGUGACAGCUUGGAAAGGGAGCGGCAGGAACAAAAUUUACCUGCGCAUCCCAGCAGGGCUCCUGUGAGUAUUUGUGGUGAUGGGGAAAACACCCCAAAGGGUGCAGAGGAGCCAGUGGUGAGGCCCAAAAUCAGAAAUCUGGCCAGUCCAAACUGCAUGAAACCAAAAAUAUUUUUUGAUACUGAUGAUGAUGAUGAUAUGCCACACAGUACUUCCAGAAGGAGGGAUACUGCCAAUGCUGAAGAGGGCCUUUCGGAUGGCCUAUCCAGAAGAGGCAGAGGUGAGAGCUCAAGUGGCUACUCUGAGCCAAAGUACCCUGAAGACAAGAAGGAAGCCAGGAAUGACCAAGUGAAACCAGAGAAGGUGCCAAGACGGCGUCGAACCAUGGCCGACCCUGACUUCUGGACAUACAGUGAUGAUUACUACAAAUACUGUGAUGAAGACUCUGACAGUGACAAAGAGUGGAUCGCUGCUCUGCGUCGCAAGUAUCGAAGUCAAGAGCAAACCCUGUCCUCCAGUGGUGAAAGCUGGGAGACCCUGCCCGGAAAAGAGGAGCGGGAACCUCAGCCAGAUAGAGGGAGUGCUGGCGCCAGCACUGGCCCUGGCCCUGGCCCUGGCCCUGGCCCUGGCCCCAACUCCAUUCCCUGCACUGGUGCCAGCACUGGUGCCAGUGCUGGUGGCGAUGGCAGUGCUGGCAGCAACAACAGUAAUUAUCUUGAAGAAGUUCGAGAACCAUCUCUGCGAGAAGAGGAACAGGCAUCCCUGGAAGAAGGAGAAAUCCCUUGGCUCCAGUACAAUGAGAAUGAGAGUAGCAGUGAGGGGGAUAAUGAUUCUGGUCAUGAGCUGAUGCAGCCCGGGGUAUUCAUGCUGGAUGGAAAUAACAACCUUGAAGAUGACUCUAGCGUGAGUGAAGACCUAGAGGUGGACUGGAGCCUCUUUGAUGGAUUUGCAGAUGGCUUGGGAGUGGCAGAAGCCAUCUCCUACGUGGAUCCUCAGUUCCUCACCUACAUGGCCCUGGAAGAACGCCUGGCCCAGGCAAUGGAAACUGCCCUGGCACACUUGGAGUCUUUGGCGGUGGAUGUAGAGGUGGCCAACCCACCAGCAAGCAAGGAGAGUAUCGAUGCUCUUCCCGAGAUCCUGGUCACUGAAGAUCACGGUGCGGUGGGCCAGGAAAUGUGUUGUCCUAUUUGUUGUAGUGAAUAUGUGAAGGGGGAGGUGGCCACUGAGCUGCCAUGCCACCACUAUUUCCACAAGCCAUGUGUGUCCAUCUGGCUUCAGAAGUCAGGCACCUGCCCCGUGUGCCGCUGCAUGUUCCCUCCUCCACUUUAAAGACCAAGGCUGUUUACUCCUGGUCUGAUGAUUUUCCCCAUCUGAAAUCCACAAUACUGCAGGAGCCCUCUCAAAAUUAGCAAUGGAAAUCAAAUCAGAUCAAUUGGUCAAUUAGACUAAACCUGUCGAUUCCUUGUGAUUAUUUUCAAUGUGAAAACGGUUGUGUACGAUUGCAUUAAAAGUCAUAAUGUCUUUUAGAGGUUAGAAAGGAAAAACUAAACUUUCUAAAUGCUACUUGAGAUUGCAGUAAAAGCAUACAUUUUCUAACCUGGAAGUUCAAAUAAAUCAUAUUUGUUUUCUUCAGUAGAAUAUAUUGCUGUUAAUUGUAAUGUCAAGUUUAUCUGUUCAAUAUGUCCAAAAAGCAAAAUCACUUUUGUUGCAUGUUAUGGGUUAAUGUUCCUGUAAUUGCAGUGCCGUAAAAGCUUAUUAAAGUUCUUCUUUGGUUUUACAUGGCAUAGUGGAAUUGUUUGGAUUUGUCUGAAAUAGUGGGAAUAAAUGAUUUUGUAAUUGA